CCCUUUCAUGGUGUAUAAUUAUGAAAAUAACUAGAAAAGGGUAAAUUAAUGACUUUUCCUAAAUUAUAUUGGAAAAAUAAAAAGAGAAAAUAUUUAUUUGUUAAGAUAUCCCACAUUAGUUAGGAAUAUGACCAAAAUACUCUUAUAAGAAUUAAACAAUCUUUUCUCCUCAAACUAACUUUUGGAGUUGACUUUGGUCCAGUCCAUUUCUAGUAUAGUAUUAGAAUCUAUGGGUGUGAAGGGUGUGUGUUAACAAUAAAAUAUCCCAAAUUGGUUAGGAAUAUGAUUAAAAUACUCCUUACAAGACUUAGGUAUAAGCUAUUUUGUGGAACUUAAGUAAAAUCAAAUAUGUGCAAUCCUAAGUCAAACUCAAUUUAUUUUCAUAUGCUUGCGUUGCGGGCUUCUUGACUUAUAUUAUUCCACUCCCUUGUUCAAUGGAUGCAUUAAGGAUAAAUUUAGAAUAAGUAAUAAUUGCAUGGUGUUUAAGGAAAGAAAAAUGAGGAAAGGAUAGAAUUAACAGUUUUAUUGAACAACUGAGAAUAAAAGAAAGAAUUUUCCUCCAUGGGUCCCCAUUUCACAAACGGUGCCCUUUUUCACACAUACUAUUUCUCCUAAUUGAUCCCUUCAUCCAUAUUUCUCCCUACCAAUCUAAUUGAUAUCCUCUCUAACGACCUAACUACUAUUCCCCCAUCUCCUAUCCUAACAUGUGGUUGUCUGAAAAUAGGUUGUGCUUGAUAUAACACAAAAAUGUGCCAAGACAUGUAUUUCUACAAGUUAAAGAGAGAUACAGGCUACGAUUUGUAUAAUGCAAUUUAGCUAAAUCAGUAAAUGAGAGCUGGUGAGUUUUUCCACUCAGCUCAAAGCCGAGCCUUAGAGCAGCGGAGAGAACAUGAAUCAUGCCACCUGAGUGGGGAAUCUAUAGAAACACCUUUAUUACAGGACCAAGAAUUGUCUGUUGAUUCAUCAAAGCAAGUUAAGUUGGGGUUUUUAGCAGGUCUUGUUCCCAGGGAAAAGUCCAUGGUAUUUGAUAGAAUUUUAUUUUGUGCUACUAGAGGAAAUGUAUUUUUGAGGCAGGCGACUGUUGAGGAUCCCGUCACAGACCCUGUUUCUAGAGAAAAGAUGUUCACCUGCAGACUGAGAAAAAAGUUUUUGUGGUCUUCUAUGCUGGUGAAAAAGAAAAAGCCAAGAUUCUUAGAUGUCUCCUGUAACCAUAAGGCAUAGAGUGAGUGCAUGAACAAUAGCCAAAGAGUUUUAAAAAAUUCAAUUUGAGCUACUGCAUCGGGAUAACUUGCUAAAUACUAUUGGGGAAGACCUUCAUCUUUAUAGCAUAAUGAUUUUCUGGAAGACCUUUAGAAUCGAAGACCACUAUAGAUGUUGGACUACUGCACCGGGAUAACUUGCUAAAUACUAUUGGGGCUCAAUUUGAGCAACGAGAUGUUUUGGUAUGUCAAAAAUAAAAACUAACAAUGUUCUAUAUUAUGCAUGUGAUGAACAUGAAUUUAUAUGCCUGUUUGCCUACUUUAUCAUGCUUUUAAUUUGAUUAAUUAUAAAUUUUCAUUCUCAAGUGUACGAUUUACUUGUAGACUAAUUUAUUUUUCUAUUGGAAAGAUGAGGUUUAGUUAUUGAUAAUAUGUGCAGAAUAAGUGCAACAUUCAUCUUGUUUGCAUGAUCAUGUGUUUGCAACAAGUUUGCUCUGUAAGUUUAAUGUGCAAUAUAUCAUUAGAAUUCGGAUGUACCAAAAUAAUAUUGUUUAUGUCAUAUAACUAGAUCAGUCAUUUGUUGUUCUCUUACAAGAAGUGGAACCUUACACUAGCUCUACCAAUGUUGGCUCACUUCAAGUUAUUUUUUGUUUUGCAGAUAUAUAUUAGUAUACCAUCUCCAAUUUGUGGUUCAUUAGACUUUGUUUUAUAGUUCUCAGAAAAAUUUACCUUAUAAAUGAACUUGUUUAAAUUGAAAUAUUAAUGGAUAAUUCAUGUCUUCAAUAUAACUAUCAAUUUUACAUUACAUUUAGACAGCGUUGAAGGUGUAUUCCACUUGGUAUUUGUCCAGCUUUUUAUAGCAAUAAAUACUCGGUUGAGUUCAAUAUGUCAGAGGCAAAUUGAAAUAAUUAGAUUAGCAACCACAAGGUAAAACUUCAAAUAGGGAGAUCACAUGGACAAUAUUUGAAACCUGAAUGGAAAUUCAUUGAUUUAUUAUUAAGAAAUGUGAAUUCUAAAGUCCAUAUCAUUUAAACAAUUCAAAUAUAAAGGUUAAAAUUCAAUGAUUUCUAACACAUUGCAAGGUUAAACAUCAAAUAGGGAGAUCACAUGGAUAAGAUUUGAAAUUUGCAUGGAAAGAAAAAAUGUGAGUUUUAACUAUAAAACAAAAUAAACAG